AUGCAGCUACUCGCCUACUUCGGCACAUCGUCUUCGACCCUGGACCCUUGUCGCGAUAUGUGCGACAACUGCAUCAAGGCCCCCUACAUUCGCAAGCUUCAUGUCAGUGCAACAGCCAGCAACAUCGUCGCCUUGUUCUCCUCGAAACCAGUACUCGAUACGAGAGGAGUAAAUGGUAUAGGGAAAAUCAUCAACACACUUCGUGGAAGCUCUAGCGAGGCUGUGCUGCCACAAAAAGACAAUCUUGGGGAUCUAUUCGGCAUCGCGAGCAAGGUCAAUUACGAGACAGUCAAGGCUGUAUUUGGCAUGCUACUCGCACAUGGCGUGUUGCGAGGUAUACCCGAUGCAAAGGCCGGCGAGGCGAAGUGGGCGACGAAUCUCAAGUACUCGCUGGGCAUACGAGAGCUCGAGACGGAGCUAUACGAAGAUACCGACGAACAUGAGCAGCAGCAAAUGAUCCUACGUACGUUCGUGGCUGCUCCGACCAAUUCCUCGACUGGCGAGCACGAUCCUGCAGAGCAGCUGCAGCACACAAGUGUGCACAGAAGGCGAAGGCGAAGGCGAAUAGUCGAGACGAGCAGCGAGAGCGAUGUAGAUCCCGAAGACGAAGACGAAGGCGAUGGUGCUUUCACCGAUGAACGACCAGCUAUCACUAAGAAGGCGCGCGGCAAACUACCACAGCGCGAAGUCGAAUCGCCAGGCUCUGGCCGUUCGUCACUUUCCGCUCUCACACCGGUCACGCCGGACAGUUCGCAGUCGAGUGCCGCUUCGUCGCUUAAGCGUCAACGCGGCCCGAAGAUCUCGCCGCGCAAGCGCCGGCGUAUAGAAUCGGACGAUGAAGUAAUCGAGAUCUUCGACAGCAGCGACGAAGACCUAGUCAGGCCUAUGCCUCGCAGGUCGGCACAGUCGAAAGCACCGCCGCGGCCACGCCAGCCGGAAAAAUCGCAAAAGACCGUCGCGAACGAACGCCCGAAUGCUCGCGGUCGCCGGUCGCGAGAGCAAGACGACCCUCUCGUUCCCGAGGUCGACCCGCCCUCCAAAUAUGCGGCGGCAUUCGAGUUCCUGUGGGGCGCACGUCGUACGGCCUUCGAGAGAUACGCCGGCCGCACUGGCGCGACGAACGAGCGCGACGUCCUGAGUGACCGUGCGCUCCUCGCGCUCGCCGUCCAUCUGCCCUUCGACUGCCCUGCAUUUGCGGCAGCAUUGGCGGGCUGCGAGACAGACCCGAGCUCAAAGUGGCCCCUGUACGGGGUCUACUUCCGCAGUGUCCUCAAGAGCAAGGCCUUCGAAAAAACGCUGACGGCCCAGGAAAGCCCGUCGGCGGCCCAGGUUUCAGAGUGA